GCCACUACCAGCCGGAGCAGGGCCUGGUUGAGACAACUAUUUUUUUUGAGGUACCUGAGGCCACCCCACAGCACCUCUCUGCUCUGGCAUUGGCAAGACUCCUGACUGUGGCCCAUGGGCCUCUGAGGAGGCAUUGUAAGUCCGCCCAGCUCCCCACUUGCUGUGCUCCCACUCAAUGGGAAGGGAACCAAGGUACCAGGGCCUUGACAUUGACACAGAUUCUCAGAGGGCAGGCCAAGCAGGCCUUGUCCAGCCAUCAGCCACAGCCUCUUGACAGCACCAGGAUGGAAGUCAAAGGUCAGCUGAUCAGCUCUCCCACCUUCAGUGCCUCAGCUGCCCUGUUUGGAGAGGCUGCCCCCCAGGUGAAGUCAGAGCGUCUGCGGGGGCUGCUCGACCGUCAGCGGACCCUGCAGGAGGCCCUGAGCCUGAAACUUCAGGAGCUACGAAAAGUGUGUCUCCAGGAGGCGUCUCUGACCCCUGCCCCCGCCCAGGAGCUGACUGGCCAGCUGCCCCCCGAGUGCCCACUGGAGCCUGGUGAACGGCCCCAGUUGGUCCGCCGGCGGCCGCCUGCAGCCCGCGCCUACCCUCCACCGCACCCCAAUCCAGCACACCACUCCUUGUGCCCUGCCAAGUCCCCGCAGGAGCUGGCGCUCGAGGCCCUGGAGCGCGAAGUGUCAGUGCAGCAGCAGAUUGCGGCAGCUGCCCGCCGCCUGGCCUUGGCCCCUGAGCUCAGCGCCGAGCAGCGCCGACGUCGGCGCCAGGUCCAGGCAGAUGCUUUGCGGAGGCUGCAUGAGCUGGAGGAGCAGCUCGGGGACGUGCGGGCCCACCUGGGUCUCCCGGGGAUCCCGCCGCCCCAGCCCCUGCCGCUGUCCGCUGGGACAGUUAUCACUGCCCAGGGAGUCUGCCUGGGCACGCGCCUCACCCAGCUCAGCCAAGAAGACGUAGUUCUGCACUCGGAGAGCAGCUCCCUCUCAGAGUCUGGGGCCAGCCAUGAUAAUGAGGAGCCCCGUGGCUGCUUCCCUCUGGCUGAGCGCCCUUCACCACCGAAGGCCUGGGACCAGCUGCGGGCAGUAUCUGGGGGCAGCCCUGAGCGGCGAACCCCGUGGAAACCACCCCCGUCGGAUCUUUAUGGGGAUCUGAAGAGCCGGCGGAACUCUGUGGCCAGCCCCACCAGCCCCACACGCUCGCUGCCCAGGAGUGCCUCCAGUUUUGAGGGGCGAAGUGUGCCUGCCACCCCUGUCCUCACCCGGGGCGCUGGCCCCCAGCUCUGCAAACCUGAAGGCCUCCAUUCUCGCCAGUGGUCCGGCAGCCAGGACUCCCAGAUGGGCUUCCCCCGGGCGGACCCUGUCUCCGACCGUGCCUCCCUCUUCGCAGCUCGCACCCGCCGCAGCAAUAGCUCCGAGGCCCUGCUGGUGGACCGGGCAGCUAGUGGGGGAGCUGGCUCCCCGCCUGCGCCUCUGGUUCCCCCUGCCGCUGGUCCCCCAGUCUGCAAGAGCAGUGAGGUGCUAUAUGAGCGCCCCCAACCAACUCCUGCCUUCUCCUCCCGCACCGCUGGCCCCCCAGACCCUCCCCGGGCCGCCCGGCCCAGCUCAGCAGCCCCUGCCUCCCGCGGGGUCCCCCGGCUCCCGCCUGUGUGUGGGGACUUCCUCUUGGACUACUCCCUGGACCGGGGCCUGCCCCGCGGUGGCGGCGGGACAGGCUGGGGGGAGCUGCUGCCCGCAGCUGAGGUCCCAGGACCCCUCUCCCGCCGGGAUGGGCUCCUCGCCAUGCUCCCAGGCCCACCACCUGUGUAUGCAGCUGACGGCAGCAGCCCCCUCCUCCGCAGCAAGGACCCCCACAGCCGUGCCACCCGCACCAAGCCCUGUGGCCUGCCCCUGGAGGCCGCUGAGGGCCCAGAGGUGCAUCCCAACCCUCUGCUGUGGAUGCCCCCACCCGCCCGUAUCCCCCCAGCUGGUGAGCGCAGCGGCCACAAGAACCUUGCCCUGGAGGGGCUGCGGGACUGGUACAUCCGGAACUCGGGACUGGCCACAGGGCCCCAGCGCCGGCCUGGGCUCCCCCACAUGGGCCCGCAGCACCCGCCCUUCCUCCAUGCCCGCUGCUAUGAGGUGGGCCAGGCGCUGUAUGGGGCCCCCAGCCAGGCGCCACUCCCGCACUCAAGGAGUUUCACGGCGCCCCCUGUCUCCGGCAGAUACUACGCGGACUUCCUGUACCCCCCGGAGCUGAGCGCUCGUUUAAGUGACCUGACGCUAGAGGGGGAGCAGUCCUCCGGUUCUGACCCCCAGACCCCGGGGACACUGGUCUGACCCCUUCUCAUAUGCCCCUUGUUGGCCUGGGUAUGACUUCAGUCUGGGGAGCACACAGCUGACCUCGCUGAGCCCUGGGGUGUGGCUGCUCUCGGUCCUGGGGGGCACCAACGUGAUCUUCCAGGGCCCCUGGCUCCCCGUGGGCCCACGAAGGUGUCUGACACCCUGUGUCUCCUCUCACGCUGUGCUGGGGACUGGGGGCCCUCCGCCAGCUUAAAAGAGAGGGGAGGGGAUGAUGUAAUGGGGACUCCAAGCCCCUUCCUCCAUUUCUGUUUACAGUUGUGGUCUAAGUAUUCACUGUCUUCCCUCAACACUAGACGUUUUAUAAAAAAGGAAACUGUGAUCUCGUCCUGGUUGGGUUCAUUCCUGUCCCCAUGCCCAGCCUGUUCCAUUCAGGAGCCCCCUCCACAAAACGGACCAUAUAGGGUCUCAGGGCCCAGUUUGGGGCAGCCAGGAGGCUCCAGUGUGAACAGAACUCCCUGCCACCCCCCACUGGGGCAGUUUUUCUUGGGGAGGUGCCCACAUUUGGAAGGAAUGAAGUCUCUGCCCACAUUUGGAAGGACUGAAGUCUGGGUGGGGGGCUUGCGUUCAUUUUCCCUCCCCCAGGGUGCCUGAAGGCGCCCCAGUCCCUGUCUGCCUGUCUGUGCCCGCUGCCUCUGCCCACGGAGUGAGAUGGCCCAGCCUUUGGCGGCAGCCUCCUCUGCCCCGACUAUCCCCAAUCAGGAGGCCCCGCAGGAGGACCAAAGGGCAGAACCAUUGGGUGUGUUGUGUCCUGGGAUGUGGCGGUGGUGGAACCUGGCGUCUGGUAGAUGACAAUGAAAUCCUCAAGUGACGUCUCGCCACGGGUUAUGUCACACCUUCCUUGGCUUUCCUUCCAUCCACCACUUUUUAAACCAAUCCACACAAGCUGUGUUUUCUAUGAUACCUGUCUGUGGCUUUCCGGAGCUGGGGGUUCCCCUACCCCCUUUACCUAGUGUUAAACUUGUCUUUUUGUACUAAUGGAUCUGGGUCCAAGACACUACCCACACUGGAAGGGGAUUUCUAUAAUAAAUGUGUAAAC